AUGACGACAAGCUGCGACUCGCGGUCGGAGGUCGGGAAAGAUGGCCCAACUGUAGAUGAACUCUACGCAUCACCCGAAGCCUUAAACGGCAGGCUAACGACCGAUUCUGAGAGAUCAGGCAUUGUUUCAGAAGCACCUAGCUUGGAAUCCGGCAUUAUGACGCCCCCGACUAGUGAUAGUCAGUAUUUCCACUCAGACUUCGACUUUACUGUUGAGUCCUUCUUCGAGGAUAUCCCCGGUGUAGAAGAGGACCUAGGAAUAUUCACAUCAAAAAUGAUAACUUCCGAGGUGCCAUCCGACUUUGAUUUGCAAACACUGGUCUCGGAUUCUAGAGGUGCUGCCGAUAUAGCUAGCAGGGCGACUGAAACAUUUUCCACCCAAAAAGCCAACACUAGGUGUUUGUGUUUCCUUCAAGCGAUCCACACACACGAAGCUAUUGAGGUUAAUCUAGUGUUUGCCUUGCAGCAUCAGAGUGGAACGGCGGCAAACCUCUUACGGCAUCAAAAGAAAUGUUUGAGAGAAUGCGAAGAUCUCCUUGACUGUCAGUCCUGUCGGACAAAGUCAGAUUACGUUAUGCUUAUUUUGUCUAUGUGUGACAAGAUCGCACGUAACCUAGAGAAGGCAUUCGUCAUGAUGCUUCCAACAUGUCAAGAGCGCGAUACCAGCUACAGAAAGCGUGGGAAUUCGCGCGUAUCAUUCAUGGACUCACACCAGGAGAAAUUAACUUUUUCUCACUCUCAAGGCCAUCAAACUUCACUGCAUGCUCAAACUCCGCAAGACCCUGGACAAUACUUAAUGAGCACCCGGAAUGGAAGUUGUAACCGGCACCCGCCGGAGCAUCUGCAGAUUGGCCGGGAGAAUCAUGAUCGAGAUCCAGAGCGUAAGAAUACUUUACAAAUAGGGCUUUGGCAACUUGACGGUGAUGACGAACUCCAGGUUUUAAAUAGCUUGUUCACGGCACGCAUUGAUAGGCUACGUUCCUUGCUCACCACCCUGGGAAACCUGGUUAAUAACUACGAUUGGCCAGCCCACGAAAGACUUGUCGAUGACAUACGGAGACGUCUCACAGAAUCUUUCUGUAUAGCCUAA